CGGAGAGGACGGAGGCUGUCGGGUCACCGAUGCUGCAGAAAAUCUAGCUCUCCAGAAAUACCGAAAGGCGGCUAAGUUUUGUUCAGAAUGCGUCCCUAAUCCACCGACUUUGAUUUACAGGGAAGAAACCUAACCUUCUGAUAAAAGCUUCGCUAUUUUUUUAUUAUUCCUGGAGAGCUACUUCGCCUCGUUUCCAAACAUGAUCAGGAGAGGACUGUUCCUUUUGACAAUCCUGUCUAGCUGCGUCCUUUCAUUGCCAGUGACUUCGCGUCAGCUGGAGAAUGAGGACGUAAAGGUGAUGAAAUGCAUCGUGGAGGCGCUGGCAGAUGUCCUAUCGAGGCCACACCCCAUGCCUGUCAGUCAGGAGUGUUUGGUCACACUGAAGACGGAUGACCGGCUUGUUACUAUCCUUCGUCAUCAAAACUUUCUGAAGGAGAUGCAGGAGAUCGCUGCUCAAGGUGGUCGGGGGAGAGCUGAUACGCCUACAGCAGCAGCACCGACCCUUCAGGCUACAGAUGAUGUCCCUGAUCGAUCCAUGUUGGAAGCUUUGGGAGGCCCCGGCGAACGAUCUAUCCUGUCCAAGAGGACGGGAAAUGGAAAAGAUGAAAAGGAUGCGGGCAUGGAAGACAGACAGUCGCAGGGGGACAAUGAAGCUGAAGAAGUGCAGGUGAAACGGGAGAGUGAUGAAAGCCCGGGAAGCCACAUCUCCGAGUCUGCAGAGGAGUGGAGGGAGGGCGAGGAUGAAAAGAGGGAGGAAGAUGAAGAAGGCUAUGACGAGAAGCGAGCAGAGGAGAAUUCAGAAGAGGAGAGCAAAGAUGAUGAAUCAGAUGAGAAUAGAGACACACGCAGAAAGAAAUCAAAAGAAGAAACGUCUGAUGAAGAAGAUGAAGAGGAAGAGACAACUAAGAGGCUCUCACUCUUCCAUAAAAACAAGGGCAAAGAGGAAGGACGUAAGGAGGAGACAAAGCGAGGGAACAGGGAGAGCUUACAGCGGUGGACCAAGGCGACCAAGCCUUUGCUGCUGAAGAAGAAAGCAUCCACAAAGGAGGAGCAACAGGAAAUGCCUCAUCAUUCAAAAGAGAUAGCGGAGGAAGAGGAGGAGGAGAAGAAGAAAAGAAAUGCUCAGAAGAGUCCUGAGGAGAAGGAGCUGCAGAUGAUUGCUCGAAGGACACCGGAGGAGAGGAGGGGGUUGGAGGAAGAAGGGAGCGCCAGCAGAAAGUCAGAGGAGCCGGAGAUUGAAAGUCUGGCAGCCAUCGAGUCAGAGCUUGAAAAUGUUGCCCAGAAACUCCACGAGCUGCGGCGAGGCUGAGAGAAAUCGAAAGAGAGAGAGAGAGAGAGAGAUUGGAACAAAGUUUGACACCGCAACCUCCUCUGCCUCCUCUGCCUCCUCGUCCUCCUCCGCUUUACCAGCUGCCUGGUUUCCACAGAUAGAGCGUGUGAAUGUGUGACAAGAUUUUGUCUUUCCGCUAUUUUUCCUGAGGAGGCCCGACCGCCGCGGCCUCACUCGUGACGUUCACAUAGAGUAGCAUACAGUAGAUGCACAUUGCAGCUAGACGUGCAUACUAACAACACACAAGUGCGCGCAUACCGUGCAUUUGCGUGCGUAACAUUUCAGAAGAUUCCCGAAGAAAGGCGACUUGUUCAGCUUCAUUUUCUCCGACAAUCAUGUCUCUGUUUCUGUAAACGUAUCUCUUCUGCUUUUUAGAUUAUUUCAACGGUGCGCACUGAUUCAUUGUGAGAGGUUAAGGCAAAUCCAGGUAUACACCUACAAGGUGAGGUUGUACAGUAAUGGCAUGUAUACAUGUACAAAGCUCUUUCUGGAAUGCUCAUUUACUUACAAAGUUAAAGAUAGAGAAGACUUAGAUGAUUGUCAUAGAUGCAGUUGAUGCAAAUCAAGCCAAGGCAAUAAGUGAUUUUUAGCGGAUUAAUGUCUGGGGUGUGAUCUGUACUGAAUUUAUGUAAGAAAAUCAAUAAAUUGAAUAGUUUAUCUGGAAUUCUCUAA